AUGUCAGCGUCAAGUAAGAACCCAGAAACCAUCACCAUUGUUCGGCAAAUUGAAGUGAAGGUACCUUGGUGCGACGAGUUUGAGAAGAUGAUCAGCGGAAUGUGCUUCCGAAGCUCCAAGGACCUUGAACUCGUUCAGUACAAGGUCGACGUGAUGAGGAGACUGCAGACAUUUAACGAUGCAACUAUUCUCGACAACGCUACGCUUGCCUCACUGGCAUCGCGGCGAAUGCAGGUGGCCAAGGGGAUGCUAGGGAAGCUUGGCACAAAUGUGAACAUCGAGCCGCCUUUCUUUGUCACCUGGGGCUGCAACCUUUUCAUAGGUGACGGUGUUUAUAUAAACCGCAGGUGA